AUGAAUGAGUUAUACUCGAUGUGCGAAGAUAUAGGAGAAAAGGACAAAAUUUUAAUUUCGGAAAAAUUAAGGAGUAUCCUUGACCACUUUCAGAACAGAAAUAAGUGCUACGUUUCCGAGUUUGUCGUCCUAAGCAGAACCAGGUUUUUUAAAUCGAUAAGCAACUAUGGGGAAUUCCUUCUGCUGCAGUCAUCUUCCCGGGUGAUAAGUAAUUACGAAAAUAUUUUGCGCCUGCUACACAAAGCGAGGGUCUACUUAGAAUUUGUCAGGUGUCUAAAAUUCAGUGAGUAUAACCCCAGUAAGAACAAAAAGUGCGAAGAGGAUAUUUUAAAGUUCAUUAACUAUUUGGAGUCAAAAAAGAGGAAACAUUACCAUCACAUAUGUGGAACACUGAUCAAAUUUAUCAUUACGUCUCUCAAAAAAAGUGAUGCUCCUUCGGAUAACAAACCAGACAUUGCCGAACUGGAGAAGCAAGCCAACCUGGACAUUUACGAAAAAAGCAGCAUUCAAAAUGACGAAAAGGUUCAUGAUUCUACCAUAAGUGAAACGCACAAAUUGAAGGAUAACGCAGAUGCGUGGGACAAAAAUUGUAUGGACGAAAAAAGCGUGAUCGAGCCCUUUGAUGAGUUGGAAGAAUAUGGAGAUUACCUAUACAACGUUCUAAAUCAAAUGGAUAGUACAUCGUGGAAGGAUAAAAAAUAUGAGGAGUUCCUAAAAAUGAUUAGCCUGAAUGAUGCCAUCAUAAAUGAUGAAAAUGAAAAGGCAAAAAAUUCAGAUAGUAGAAGCUUCACAAACAUUUCAAAGGUGACAAACAACAUGAUUUUGUUGCCAAAGUAUUUGGAAAAUGUAAGAAACUCUAUAUAUAACCAUCAGAAUAAGUCAAUCGUAGAGGUCAAGUCCAUGAUUGAGCAUGCCAUUAGUGAUAACAUAAAAGCUCCCUUGUUUAAAACGGGGAAAAUAAUAAGCGAAAUGCUUCCCUCCCCGGACUAUGAAAAGUAUUGCUCUAAUACGAAAUCGGAUUUUCUAAACAAACUGGAUGAUACAUCCAUAGUGCAGGACAUGGUGUUCAAAAUUUUUAACCUAAAUAAAAACCAGUCAAUCAGUAGCGCAUCAGUCCCGUCAAAUGUUUACAGUGUGAACUGUUACGAUAUUUUUAAAAUUAUAUUAAAAGGGAUAAACUCUCUUAAGAAUGAAAACGAAGAGAUAUACCUGUUUCUUAGACAGCUGCUUAACAAAACGAAGAAGAACUACUCCCACAUGUGCAGCAAAGAAUCACCAGAGGCGCAUUUCAACCCAAGUGAUAAACUGAAUUACUCUUUCCUGCCUUUGCAUAUGUACAAUAAUACUAGUGACAUUUGCAGGGAGAUAUUAAAGUAUGCCAUUUGUAAUAACGACUUGGUGUUCACGCUGAAGAUAGUCGACACCUUUUUAACCAUAGCGGUGUAUGAGAACUCGCUAAAAUAUUUGGUGCACUUUUUGAACACCCUGGCGGAGUAUAUUAUUAUCCCCUACCUGCGAUGUGAAAUAAGGUCGUGUUGCAGAAAGGUUGGUGAUGAUCGAGGAGACCUCAUCAGUGGCAACAAAUCGGAGGAAAAAAAAAAGGAUUGCACCGUAGUAGGUGUGGAAAAUAGUAACAAGGAAUUUAGCUCCAGUUACACUAACUUCAACAAGCUAAUGUGCAAAAUUCCGUUGCACGAAUAUGAGUCGCUGAAGCUGUUGGAACUCUUUUCCCUACAGUACCCCAUGUUUUUAAAAAUAAACAAUAAUCCACAGAGGUGCCUGAAAGAUAUCGCCAAACCUUGUGAGUACUCCAGUAACGUCCUGCCUACGUACGGAUCGUACAUAUUUCAAGUGGCAGUCUCCUUCGAAAUUGACAACUCGAUAAAGGUGUUGGAUGAACUUGGCUCAAAGUGCAAGAUAACAUUUCAGCUGGUGGAAGACGAGGGGAGUGAAGAAGCCAGUACAGAUGGCAGUUCGGAGGAAAACAUGGGUAAACAAAAGGAGCACAACUUUUUGGAGAUUAAUUUUCAGCAGAAUCAUAUGUACACCAAAUUGAUGAAGUCAUCUGGUGCAGAAUCGUUCUCGAAGGAAAAGGAAGAAACGGAAAGGGAGACAUAUGACAAAUCAAGUAAAAUGUCAAACGGAGGGCAUAACGAGCAGGACGCUUACCAGCCUAACAGUAUGAAUAACAGCGAAGUAACCACUCAUGAGAGAGGCAAAAAUCGGACGAAAAAUGCGAAUAAACUGAUCAAUGUGUACGACAUUACAAACAUGAACACCAUCAUAUUUGACAUCCUGAUCGAUCAAGGAUGUUACAGCAAUGAUGGGAGUAAUUGCGAUUUUCAAAACGAUCAUGGGAAAAUAGUGAUAUAUUCUAAUGGAAGGCACUUACUAACAACAAGUAUAAGGAAGAAGAACUCCCCGCUAGAUAACAACGUACUGAUAAAUAACAAUAUAAAGCUGAAGGUGUACACCUCGCGCACGUGCAUCUUUGAGUUCCCAAAGGAGUGCUGCUGGUCCUCUGCAUUCGUCGACGAAUUAGUAAACAGGAAAUUAAUCCCAGAUAUCAAUCGAAACUUCCUCCUCAGAAACCCUCUCAACAUAGUGGAGCUUUACAAUAAGGUGUCCAUAGCGCUGAAUCGAUAUAUGUAUCGUUUUUGCGAUUGGAAUGACGACGACUAUAGGAAGAUCAUGGAAAAGGAAACCUCCUACACAUUAUACAGCAACAUUGACGUUUACACCUUUGAGACGCUCAUUAAGUGCACGGAAAAUAACAAUAAAAUUUUGAGGAAGCUGUUCAAGCUGGCCAAAGGUUGUGCUGUCGCUGGGGGGGGCCAAGACAAGAACGAGGUUCCCCCGAGCCGUUACGCAACCCAUUGCGCGAGCGUAACGAACGAGUGCGCCGGAAAAUAUAGAGAGUACCUGUACGAAUGGAACCAAACGUCCGACGCGCAAAUCUGCGCCUUGAGCAUUUUAAAGUUAUAUUUGAAAAACAACAUGCAUGUGCAAAACAACAGGAUAGAAAAUAACGAGAACUUUUACUCCCUGUCGGAAAGGCUCAUCACAUCUUUUUUGAAAAUAAUUAAGCUGAAAAGUCCGUUCAUAAGAAGGGAUGAUUACUGCGAAGGCCAAUAUUACCAAAUGGAGGAGUUGGACUUGAAUGGGAGUUUAUGGCUACUCAGGAGAAAUGUCUUUCAGAUUCUGCUGGAGGCGGACAAAAUAAUUAUAAGCAACGUUUUUAUGAGGAUUCACAUAGAGACCAUCUUAAAAUUGCUCAAGUUCUUCUCCGACAAUAACAGCCUCGAUUCGCAGAUAAUACUGAAGGUGUUGAAGUCUCUGGAGCAUAAGGGCAUUUUGGAAAUAAUGAUGAAACGGAUGUUAAGUGCCCCCUAUCACAGCUGUUCAAGUGGCGCUUCUAAGAAGAUGAACCUAAGUUCAACGAGUCGUUACGUAAACUCGAAGAACGUAAACUCGUGCACAUUCUCGUCAGCGUCGUCUAACUCGACCGUCUUCAACGCUAGCGUGGACAACAUAAAUGAUGCGAAUGCAAACAGGAAUAGGGAGGAAAAGCGAAAGAAGAGGAAGUAUUACGAGGAAAAUAAGCACGAAAUUGAGAGAUACGAGAAGAGAAAAAAAAACACCAAGAGCAGGAUCAUAGACGCAACACACUUUGGAAUAUUCGUCGAAGAGCUAAUUUCUCUUAUAAAUCAUCAAACGAAUGACGCAAUCAAUGUGCCCGUUGUGCAGUACAACGAGGAGAGCGAUUUUUUGAUGGAGAACAAAGCGUGUGACAUUAUUCACAAGUUGUGUUCCUUUUACGAAGAUGAGUGGAGGAAUGAGAGCUGCGCAAAUUAUAGCUACUUUGACUUUUGUGUGAAAAUACUGAAUCAGAUAAAGCAUAAGAACAAUCAUGUGAGCAGCGCGAGUGAAGUGGCCUCUAUAUUCUUGCGGGGCAUUGUGCUCAUGCUGACGACGUACAUAUUGACCAUAGCAACGGAAUAUGAGAGUGCGAAAACGUUUUUGUAUCAGCCGGUCAUUCCGUUCUACAACGCGUACGACGAGGCAGAAAGGGAGGCGGAAGUUGACGAGAGGAAGAAUGACGAUAGGAAUAAUUACUGCAUGGUGCAGUUGAGGAAUGCCAAAUGGGCAAAGGGCGAAAUGGAGCAAGUGGAAGACCUGGGAAAUGCCAGCGAAGAGGACGAAUCGGCGCGCAGGGACUUGUUGCCGAAUGGGUCCAACAUAUCGUCCACCUUGAAGAGCCACUUGUUUGACACGUUCAGCAACGACAUGGAGGAUAGAAGCAGUUGUAAUAGUAAGUACUCCAGUUUUUUUAGCCCGCGUUCUUCGCUAGACACAGAAAAUAAGCAUUUCUUAAUGUAUGCCAAGUGUGAGAGGAAGAAAAAGUCUUGGGUUCCCCUGGUGAGCAGCCAAAACCAGGGCCUUCUAGACGAUGUCAUAUCCCAUUCGGACGAUUCGGGGUCUCACAUAUAUAUAAACAAGAACGAAUUGUCGGACUUUAUUCAUACCAGUUUGGAGAGCAUAAAUGAUGAAAGUAUGGAUGCCACGCUAAAUCAGAAGAAGUCCAUCGACUCGCAUAAUAGCAAGAGUAGGUCCACGCACCUCUCGGAGUAUUACUACAACUCGGACGAAUCUGAAGAGUUCUACAUUAGAAAAAAUUUGCAAGACUAUAACGAAACGAAUAGCGAUUCGAACAACUUCAAAACGCAGCUGAAUGGUAUAAUGUAUAGAUUCUCCAAAAAGAAAAAGUACAUGAAAAAUGGGAAGAAGCUUAAGCACCUGAGGAAGAAGGUAAUGAAAUAUAAGAAUGACUCGAAGAAGCUGAACUUUAUAUUUUCUCUUCUGGAGGAAAUAUUAAAGAUAAUGCUGGGCGUGGGGUUGCGCGUCCUUUCGAGCAUUUCGUAUCACUACCUGUACGAGAAGAACGGGAUGCACAAAUUUAUAUACAUUUUUGGGUCCAAGGUGAUCCGAAAUGAUCUGAAUGAGAAAACGUCAUUUUUAGAGUUGUGCGAAAAUAUGAUUAAGCCGAAGAGUCUGACCCUUUUGCAAGCCUGCAAUUUUAUCAUAAGCGGGAUAAUACCCUGCCUGGGGUACGUCACCAACCUUUUUGUGGACAAGAAAAGCAACAGAUACUCCUACAUCAAGGAAUUGAAGAAUUACCUGUCGUUAAAAAUGGCCCUGAACAUAUGGCCCAUGUUUUUGAAGAUCACACUGCAGGGGUUAUUGACGUCUAGACACCUCUCCUUCGAAAUGUCGGUGCACAAGGACAGCCUGCACCCCAUUGCCGAGUGUUGUAUAAGCAUUACCAGUUUGGCCACGCACUUCUUAACCUUCUUCACUGUUAUGUCAGACAAUGUAAGCAAAUACGAAAUAUACGUGAAUAUGAGGAAAAGCCUGAGGAGCGCCAACCCCUACCCCAUACCGCUCAUUCUGAUCAAUGCCGCUAAAUACAUUCGCAUUUCGUCCAAAAGGAACAAGUACUACGAGUUUGAGAAGGCCAUACGGACCAUCCUGCUUCAGCUUACCGACUGCUCCGUGUGCGACUAUGAGAACUACCUGUUCAAUCACUACAUAAUUCCGGAGAGCAUUUCUAGCUUCCUCUCGGCUACGAAAAUGACUGGCGAGGAGGAGAUGAUCAAGGAGGGCUCCCCCAGCAGUAUGCUAACAAACCGGUCCAACAAUGAAAUUAGCAUGAGUGAGCUUAAGUCUGUGGCGAGGUCUUACGUGAAGACGUUCAAGUCGAUGUACGCGGGGGAGGACGAGCGGGAGGAGCAAACGCAGCAGCAGCAGGAGGCAAUCCGUCCGAACCACUUUGAAGCGGAAGCGGAGAAGGCACCCGCGGGAAACGAAUCCACCAAAAUGAGCACCAAGACAAACAUAGAGUUUUUAAAGAGGCUGAUGAACAAUGACAAGGAGGCCGUGAAGUAUCUGGGCACAUUUUACAACGUGUUCCACAAAAAUUUCGAAAGAGCCCAAAUCGCCUUCGUCGCGGUGUUCUUGUACCUCAUCGGUUAUAACCACAGCCAAGUGAGCGACAUGGAGAAGGACCCCCAGAGUGGUGCCUGCAGUAGGGAAAAAAAAGAAAGUGCCCUCAUAAGUGAAGCGCUAGAAAUGAAGAAAAUAACCAUAGCGUGCAACUUGGCCAGGCAGGGAGUCAUUGACCUGAUUUCGAAGAGCCAAAUACAGCAUCAGAAGAGAAGCAUCGAGGGGAAGUUUUCGACCAAGUCGAAGUGGAGCGAGGAGAAAGCGAACGAUAAAAGUAUGGAGUUCCUGGAGCUGUACAACAGGGAGGAGGAAGUGGAGGAAGUGGAAGAAGUGGGUGGAGAGGACCAAGCGGACCAAGCGGAUCAGGCGAACGAGGGGAAGGGUGCGCUAGGCCCAAAGCAGCGGAGCACUCGCUCGUCCAAUAGUGACGAACGGAGCGAAUUUCUACGCAGCAAGGGUGUAGCGGAACAGGGGCAGCAACCCCUUUCAGAUGUGGAACGGGACGGGUACAUUUCGUGCAAUUUGAGCAAAGAAGAAUUAAACUACCUGAAGGAUGUGUUGCCGAACGCGGAGAAGUGCAGCAACAAAAGUAGCGAAUUGUCAGCAGUAGAUUUAAUAAAAAGGAAGAGGGAAAAGCAAAUCGAUAAGAUAUUAAAAAAGUGUGAAUGGAUUAUUAACACCUACCCACAUGGCUUAUGCCCGAUCGUUAUCAAGGACAAUUUUUCGCACGAAUGGGAUGAGCACUUUGUGUUUAUGCGAAGAAAUUCGUAUGACAUCCCCAUUACUGCUAGGAAGAUAUACUCAGAUCGUAGUGACUUCCACUUGGUGCAGGAGGCCGCCACCAUGCCAACGUUUGCCAGCUCGCUAAAAACCAAUGUUUCGUCGCUGAGCUAUUUUGAUCAAAUCCUUAGACACCCAAACAGUAUUGAUGAGAAGCUGGAGUGUAUACAAUUUAGCACGGAGAAUAUUUUCGGAAAAGGGACUACGAAAAAUUUGUGUCUUCUGAAGAGAUUGUUAAAAACGUAUAAAAGGAACGUCAGCUUGAAGGACUCCAAUAAUGGAGACCCCAAAUCGGACAAGGAGAACGGGGAAAACGCAAAGCAGUUACACAAGUACGUUUGCAACAGCAAGGCGAGGAAUUUCUCCAACAGUUGCCCAAGUUGCGAUAGCGCCAAUUUUUACAACGAUGAGUCGAACUUUUAUAUGAAUUACAAUUUCUGUGAAAAGAACAAUGACAAUUCGAACAACUCUAUUAUUAUGAAAUACUCCAAUCAUGGCAAGAAUAAUGUGAAGCAUGCUGUGGGAGGCUUAUGGCAAGAUUCUCGCUUGACGAAGAAUUCUAUUUUCCACCACGGAAAUGAUGUCACUCCAGGAGAAGAGCUAAACUCAACCAUGGUAAAUUGCAAAUCAGAUUUUUAUUUUUUUUCCCCCAAAUCGUUUGAUGAAAAUGACUUCAUAAGCCGAAACGGCAACAACGGUAGCAAGUGGGACUGUAGCGCUGGGUACGUCACCAAGUACACCAAUUCAAUGCUGGAUUAUGAGGAAAACCUGUCCGACCAUAACCUGUCCGAGGUGCAUAACAAAUGUAAUGGCCUUUCGAAAUCGCAAAAAAUCUGCUCCAUGCAUAAGCAAGACUUUAUGAGGGCAUACCAUGACGAAAUGAAGAACAAGCAGGGGUCUCUUAAGAAAAAAGGAUUCCCCUCCUUUGACUGCUUUAGAGGUAAGGCCCCCCCGGCUAAUUCGAAAGAUGUAGAAGCCGACGUAAUUGUAAAUGUGAACAGCAUCAUGGACCAGAGUGUCGACUCGAAGGACCUACUACAGUUAAAAGAAAUACUGAGCUUUUUAAUUAACGACACGGACCUUGACACCGUUUUGAAUAUCAUCAGAAUAGAGCAGCUGACCACCCUGUGUAGGUACCUUAUCAGUAGGAGCUUAAAGUCUAUGCUGUGUGCAGGCAUUUUUGGAGGUAUUAAAAACCCCAUAGUGAACAUGAACAAGAAUAACAAUGUAUGCCCGAAUAAGAGGUCUCAGAAGGGAUAUAACUCAAAUUCGGAUGACAUCAAAAGGAAGAAGAAGAGUAACUGCAAUGAGAAGAGCGUAGACGGGAGUGCCUUUUGUGCUAGUGCAAAUUAUGCCAAUGUGAAUAAUGCCAACUGUGGUAGUGUAAACCUCACCGUGGGUGGUAGAAACCAACAAGCCAUGUCAGAUGGAAAGCGCCGCCUACUCGAGACGCACAUCCCAAGCGGAAACAAAAAGGAGAAGGGGAUCUCCUUCCACAAGAAGAACAGACUCAUCGCCCUGUGUGAUAAUGGCAAAAUGGGCACGCUCCGAGACCAAAGGAAGUAUAAAAAUUUCGAACCGAGUAAAAAGUAUAGCAAAGAGGAUAGGAGGAAAAAGGGGAUAUUCGAGCAGUGGAGGCAGAAAUCCGCCAAAAGUAUGCAAUGGCCUGUCAUACUGGACCUGCUCGUGCCGUCCUCCAGCAGAGGUACAUACAACGAAGAGAGCAAAGCCAUUUCCAACAUCGAGCCGUCUCUCUUUUCUGUGCAAAAUUACGGCUGGAUGCUGCUGAAACUGUUGCACAUUAUCACGAUAAAGUUUAGGAACGUGUCUCCGCUGAAGAACGUGAUUACGCAGAUGAAUGAGGGGGGCAGCCACACUGGGGGUAGCAGUUCCUCUGGCGGCCAAAAUGUGAAGAACCAAUUUUCGCACCACUACUGGUUUACGCAGCCGAUGGAGCACGCCCUGUCCUUCACCCUCACGGAUAUUACGAAGAGCAUCUGUAUAUGGUACCUUCGCUACAACCGCAAAAUGCUGAUGAACUCGUCUAACUUUUCGCAAAUUAUAAAAAACUCCAUGAACACGCUGUGGAUUGAAAGUGUGCUGCGGUUGAUAGCUUUGCAAAUAUGCUUACGAGUGAAGCCCUUGAAUGAUAGCAGAUAUGUAGUCCCCUUCCUGUACCACAUGUUGACCAUCUGCCAGCCGCUACUCAGAGAAGUGCACAUAAACAGUGACAAUUUGAAGAAGAAACACAUGGCAGGAAGUAGAAGGACCAUUUUUAUGGAUGCAAAUAAUUCGCUCUUCGAAGUGAUGUGUUCCCAUUGCCACAAAUGCAUAACGGGAGCUUCUAAAAGCGUGAACUCUAAGAUUUUUCCCAUUGGAAAGAAUUUAAAAAAUAUUAGGAAAAUAAACUCCAGCGAAAUGGCCUACACCAAGCGGGCCUGCAACACCAGUGAGGAAACCAAAAAUCUGCUCGACGUAAAGGGGUACAUCCAUUCGGAACGUGUACAGAAAAAGCAGAAGAAAACGAAACAAAAGGUGUUGCGCGUGAGGAACUACAACUCGUCAGAGCAUGAGCACGAACAUGAAGUGAUACUAGACAAUGUAAUCACAGGCAUCGUUGUGUACCACGAGACGGUUACCGAUGGGGUGCCUUUGAGCAAAAAAAUGAUUUUGCAAAAUUUGAGCGGUUUUAAGAUAAAAAAGGAGUACACGCACGAAAAUCAGUAUUGGGCGUUGUGCACACAGCAGUAUAGCAAUUCCCCCCAUUACACACUGCCGCUGAGAAAUGUGAAUAAGUCGGUCAAGCAUACGAACAGAAAUUUAUUUCAAAGCGUAGAUGGCGAGUCGAAUUCAUGUUACUGGUCUAUCAGCGGGGACCCCGUGUAUAACAUUUACGGUAAUGCCAAAACGAUAUCAGAUGUGCAGCUAGAAAUAUGCGUCAACAAAAAUUAUGAUGCGUCGGUGAGGUCCUUCCUCAAGAAGAACAAUUUCGAGUUGGAGCUUUCCAUCAACAACGACGUGAAUGACGUGAUCAACAUUUGGACGAAGAAGAAGGCAAUUAUUAUAAACAAAGAGUUGAUCGAAUGCACAGAUCCGUGUGCCGCCAGCCUCACGGGCAAUUCAUCACGAAAGGAAAAAGCAGCAGAGGAUGAAAAGGAGUUGGCAAAAAAUGAACGUCUAAAGGUCUCGAACGAGGAGAACGAUUUGAUCAACCCAGUGGGGAGAAGCAGCCGAUUUGAGAAUUACAUUAAUCGGAAUUAUGAGCAGGCAUCAGAACACAUUUGCCAGUGCAGGAAAUUCUCCACCGAUUAUGACCUCCCGAAUGACAAUAACGACGGUUCGUUCAAGAGUGUCCCCUCGGAGAAUUGCAAAACGGGCACCAACAUGAGCAAUCACGAUCAGAACGAUAACUUGAAUUAUAGGAAGCUAAAAUUGAUAAGCUGGAAUUUGAUAAAAACGAUUUUGUGGGGCAUCCUAGUCUCUGGUGAAAAUGCUCACGGGGAGAACUCGGGCCAAGUCGUCUCAGAGAGUAGAACCAAAAGUGUAAAGAACAACCCAAGUAGUACCAUUCCGGAGGACCUAAAUGAGGAGUACACCUAUGGGAAUAACUACACCGAUUAUAAAUCCCAGUUUUACUCGCUUCAAAGGAAGAGCCUCAUAGAAUCCGUUCUGAAAAUGAUCAUGUCCGUUUUGAUAAAGCUGUGCAAUAUUGUGAAGCUGUACAAUGACUUGACAAAAAACCAGCAGGGCUCCUUCUACAUCAGCAUUAGUAAUACAAAGAUAUGUAAGCAGCAGGUGAAGGAUUGUGAAAGGAUGAUCACUGAUUUUAUGUACGCUUUGAUAAAUUGUGUUCAGAAUUCCCCAACGGGGGCGGUGACUCUCCUGAGGUGUUUUCUCUUCGGCCAGGAUAACCCCACCUACCGUUUUAAGAAGCUGAAUAAGCUUAAUAUAAAUUGCAAUUUUUACAGAUUGAUCACGGAGUGUAUUAAGAAAGCCCCUAACGAUGCAGACGACAUCACCGUUUUUUUCAACAACUACUUUGAUAAGAAGGUGGUAAAAAUGUGCGGAGUAGUAGAUAAAGAUGCCAAUUCGAUGAGCCAGGUUAGGAAGAUCAAAACGAUGGCCGCUCUCCCAGUGAGAGGGAGCGCCGGCAAUGCGGCCUACAACAGCGUGGCUACUUCCCCGAAGGAGAAUCUCAACCAGGGAAGCUGCCUAAGGCAUAAAGGAACCAACAUGAAAAUGUCUAAUUUUUUCUUUAAAAAUUAUGACACCAAUGUGAUGAGAAAUUACAAGCAGAGUAAGAUACAUGGGUUCUUUCUGCUGAGGUGUUUGCCCCCCAUUAAGAUGUUCCCCAAGCAGCUGAUUUUGCAGGAAACGAAGAAGUUGUUUCACAGCGAGGUGAGCUUUUCCCGCGAGAGCACCGAAUCGGCGCCUAAGGAGUAUGAUGACAGGAAAGGAGCCAAUAGUGCAAAUGAAAAGUGCCAAAAUGAUGAGCUCCCAGUGAACACAAGUUCGAAGGAGAACAUUUCUGUGAAUUACCAGAUGGAUAUCAACACAGCCAAUAAUGAGGGCAACUCCCAAUGCAACAGCAUCAAUGAUAUAUUGGGGCUGAUACCGAGGGUAUCGUACAGGAAUCACCCCUUUGAUGAAUUGCCCCAAUCUGAGUUUUUCAUGUCGAGUAGACCGUCAGACGAUUUUGAAGCCAACAUGGAAGGAAGAGUCCUCAGAGUGCUGCGUGGCUUAAAUUUAGGAGGUGUCGUUUUAUGCCUAGCGCCGUUGACAUUCCCUGCUUUGAAUAUUGGCUCGAACGAAGUAAACGAUAUAAUCAAUUUUCGCAUUCAGACGAGAGGCCGCUUUGGCGUAACCGUUGCCCCAGCAGAGUGCGUUUUGUCGAACGUGUCCGAAGUAUUUGACAGAAAUGACGUAGUCGGAUUUCGCACAAGCAUGUGCCCUCCAUUUAGACACGACGUGUUUGCCGCGAACGUGCAGUAUGAGCUAGGCGAUUUAUUGAGCGUAAAAUUUAAUGUGGAAGACCAGCAGAACCAGAAGUGCUUGAGAACAGAGCUAAUGGUCUCGGGGGUCAGCAUCGGAUCCGUCCUUGAAGUGCUAUUCGAAGCAGACUCGCAAAUCGAAUUCGAAAGGAGAAUGAACUUGAUAUUUAUUUUUCAAGAUCCGAUGACGAUUGUCUAUGAGGGCCCAACCUUCAGCAUGGAGUACGUAGACCCCAAUACGAAGAAGGCCAGGAAUGCCAGAAAUGAGAGGGAAAAUUUGGACGAGGAGUACCUCAACGAAUUUUACGCCAUUUCUGGGCAUAACAAGAAGAACAUAAAGAAGCAGCUAAAAAGGAUAAAGCUAAAAAAGAAGGAGUUCUACGAAUCGGUCAAGCUAUAUCAGUCCAUUCUAGACUCGGACAAUGAAAUAUUAAAGGACCUGAAGCAUGAAGUUAUAAUCAGGAUGAACACCACGUUGACUAGUGUGGCAGACCAUUUGCGGAAGAAUUCUUCAGCUUAUUUAUUUAUGGACCAAGUGGGGGAGGGCCUCCCACGCGUUAGCAAUUUGGGAAGCAUUCCCCACUUUAAGAAGGCGAAAACGCCUAAGUUGACGCUUCUAAACACGCAGUCGUGUGAGGCGCUGCGGAAUAAGGGCCCUGGCAGCCUCGGCAAGGAGAGACCCCUCCUGGAUAAGAGGACGAACAAAUACGUGCAUGCGAAAGCGCACAAUUCGGUGUUCAGCAGAGGGGGGGGAGGAGAAGCAGCGGCGGUGGCAGCGGGAGCGGCAGCGGGGGCAGAGCAACGUGCCGCGCGAGAAGGCAACGCCCAGAGGAGCGACACGAAGGAGGAGUUCACCUUUUCCGAUCAGAACGCGUAUAACAUAAUUAAUUUUAGCGAAAAUGCGAACGGCUCAGACCAGGCACAUGACGAUGUGAAGUCCAAGGAAUUGCGGGGCUGCCCCGCAGAGAUUGACAAAUUAGUGCAACAGAGGAGUGAGCAGGCAUACGGCAUGAAUCAAAAUUCGUCUCUCUACGUGAACGUGUACAGCAGAAAGGGAAAAGCAGGGUUAGAUAUAAACAAGUGCAUUAGGGAAGUCCUCUCCAUCAUAUGCGUCUUGGGAUUAAACGUAAACCCAGAAGAGAAGGAAAAAUUUGAGGAUAAAAAUUCAGAUGGGAAAAAUACCUCCAUUGAUGAACUCCCCUGGUUGUCAAGCCUAUCCGAGUUGAAAAAUUCAGUAGCGUACAGUUUGGACAGGAAAUGCGUGGAGCUGUUCUUCUGCAAUUUGGUAGACAUCAUCUGCAGUGAUGUUUUUGUGCACGCCAUUUUCAACUUUGUUACGAAGAAAUUGCACAAGAAGGAGGAGGCCGUCAGCAAGGUGAAGCACAGCACGAGUGGGGCCAAGAACAACAAAAAGGUGAAGAAGAGGUUUAAAAAUUUGAGCGAAUUUGAGCCUAAGCAUGUGCUGGAAGAGGAGGCAGAUUCGUACAAUCAGAAUGGGGUGAACAAUGAGAACAGCACCAACAGCACAAAUACGCUAAAUGAGAUGAGUGCGAACAACUGUGCCUGUAUGGAAAAUAGCGUAACCUCAGGAAAUGCUAACAGCAAUAAUGAUAACUCUUUGAUGAAUUCAAUUUUUAUAGAAGAAAAUGGGUCCCUAGAGGAACAUGAAGAAAGCUACUUAGGCAAUGACAACCAGGAAAUCUUCAUCAGGAAGGACAAGCUGGUGGAGACGAGUCUAGACAACAAGGGUUCAGAUUCUAAAAAUAUUUCCUUUGCAGAUAAGGUUGGCAAAAAUGGCUUUUUCGAAUAUAGCCUGUGCUUGAUUGGAACCAAGGCAAUUAUGUGUUGCUGCAUUUUGUUGCGAACACUGCUCGAGAUGAAUUCCGAUGGGUUCUAUGAACCCAGUGAGAAUGUGUACGGGUCGUUCAAGAAGCUUCUAAGCUUCAUUAAGGUCUUCUUCUUCGUGGACAUCGGCAUAAGUGACGCGCUGAUAGUGCAUUUUGCGCGGAGGAACAGUGUGAACGUUGGGCACCUCUUUGGUCGCGGCGAGAGGGGGGGUCCCCAAAAGGGAGUUCCCCAAAAGGGAGUUCCCCAAAAGGGAGAUUCUCCAAAGGAACGUCCCCAGCAUGGUGACGCACAGAGCGCCACUUCCUCCCCUGCCGCACCUGCCGCACCUACCGCACCUACCUCCGCGAUCGCCCCCUCCUUCGUCGGCAGCUUCCUGAACAAGGCAGAGGGCGAAAACUGCAGAUUAUUCUCCGACGACGCGAAAGACGCUCAUGUUGCCCCUCCUUAUACCACCGAAGGAAAAGGCAGCGUUGACAAAGAAGGAACCCCAAACGAACAAGUGAACUUGCUAGAAAUUCUAACGAUUUGCGGAAUUCCAUCGGACUUUUUCCAAUACUUUAAGAUAACAACACCAGCAAUUAAGAACCAGCAGGUGAUAACCCAGAAUGACACCUUCGAUUUGUGGAUCUACAUCCUGAACCUCUUAGCCUGUUUCAACAGCCAAAGUAGGUAUUCCUUAUGUUUCCCCCAGAAUGUCCACCAGCUAAAUAAUGGCUGCGUGAAGAGUGCCCUCUUCGAUUUUGAGUAUUCCAAUUCGAGUUUUUCCAACAAGAUAGUACGAAAAACGGCGAAGUUUUUUGCAGGGUGGCUGUUGAAAAAGUAUCUAAUAGAUUUGAGCUGCGUCAUGGCGUCCCUACUGCCUAAAUUGUUUAUGGACGAGUUGCGAGAAAGCUUGGUAAGAAUGAACGAAGGUGCGAUGAUUGGAGAGCAGGUAGGGACAUUGAGCGGUGGCUGCUUGGAUCUCACCGGAAGAGGAUCCAUUCCGUGCAGCAAUAAUCCCAUUAUGAAAGCGACCAACCUGAAGAGGAAGAAUAAGAAAAAUGAAAUAUGCUCGAAAGAAAGUGGCGAGGAUAAAGCAAACGUUCUGUUCAGCGGCGCACCAAAUGGCAGAGUGUACGACUCGUUUGGGGAUAAAAUGGACGGAGAAGUCAUCCAGCAUGACUUUGGCUACGACCCUGCUGAGGGGAAGAAGCAUGGCGCUUUGUGGACGGAUGACGAUGGCGACUACACGCAGGAUGAUAGGGACGAACGUUUGAACAUCAAAACGGCGCACCACAGCAGCGAGGGGAGAGGAAGUAGCGUUAGAGGAGGAAGCAACAAAAUAAGUAGCAUAUCCGAUCUGAUGAACGGCGCGUUGAAGAAUAAGGAGGAGAUGCUAAACAUAUUCAGCGUCAUGUACCUCUUCCGCAUAUGCAUUUAUUACCUAAGUAGAAGCAAAGAUUUUAGGAAAGAGGAUUACUGGCAAGAAUACCAAGGGCAGAUCAGAAACUCGAAGAUGAAACAAAAUGUGUAUAAGCUUCUUAACGAGAAGAGUUGCAAAUGUUCCCUCCUCUUCGGAUGGCAAAGGAUAUUCUACCAGUGUGUAAUUACUUGGGACGAUAAGCAAUUAGUAGAUCAGUUGCUGCUCAUAAUACAGUCCGAAUUGCUAUACCAUUUAGUGGGUUCUAUUGCUCAGAGCGUGUCUCAAAAGAGAGUCAAAGUGGACAUGUUCUAUGCCAUUUCUCCGUCUGUUCAUGUUGCUCACUGGAUGCUGGAUACGUUUGUGAGACACCCCCUGUGUCCUUCAAAAGUAAGAUCUUGCUGCGUUACUCCCUUGGCGGUUACCUCCCUCUUUGGGCUAAUUAUGAAUGGAAAUAGGCUCCCCAUCUUUAUUGGCAUAGAUGCCUGCAGACUGGUGUACUGGUCUUGCGUAGUGUAUAUAUUGCAAAAUAGUCGGAGCCAUAAGCGGUAUAAGAAGUUGCAGGACAUUGACAUGUUAGCGCAGUUUAGCGUGGAAGUGGAGACGGUGGGGGGCGACUACGAUGUGAGUGGUAGGGACAGCAGGGAGUGCAGGGACUACAAUAACUGCAGUAACUACAAUAACUGCAAAGAUUGUAGGGACUCUCCGGAACGGAGGGGCGAACGAUACGGCGCCGUUCGGGAGAAGUACCAGCGGGUGAAGUGCAACUACCACGCAUUUCUGUCCUACCUUUUCAACUGCGUGCACAUUUGCGGGUCUUCCCUUUUUAACCAAAUUUUGAGCCUGAAUGGGGAAAAUAAUUACAAAAGCGGAAGCGCCAAUAAGAACAAGGCCAUCGACAUGAGCAACAACAAUGUUAGAAAUAACAACGAGCACGUGAACAAUAUUAUAGACAACCUGAACAACAACAUUAAUGAUAUUCUGAGCUGCAUACAGAACUCGGCCAACAACCGGAUGAUAAAUAACAACUUCAACGGGAUCAGCAGCGUUAGCAAUGAGACUAUCUACAAUUUGAACAUAACCAACAGGGCCAGCCCCAACAUUUCGUCCAACAAUGUGAAUAACAACAGCCUGCAGGAGAACACCGAAACGGUUAACUCGUGCAAUAAUGGCAAUACGCCGACGACUCCCAACACGCUGUAUAUAAACAGCACUGUUGCUGGUACUAAGAAUGAGAAGAAGUCCACCCACAAUUUUGCCACUUUCGCCAAUUUUGAUCUCUUCGAAAAUAAGGAGAAAAGCACCUACAGCCCCCUCAAAAUUAACGCCGCGCUGCUUAUACACUACUUCGCCUGUGCUGCCUACUACAUUAAGAAGGUUGACAUGUGCAACAAUAUGAAUUACUACGAUGAGCAUGUGCAUGCCAAUUUUAAGCAGUACUGCCUUUACCUUUACGUGGUGGAUCACGUGUCGAAGAUGUACGCUAAGAGUGUCAGACGGAGUGGCAGACAAAGAGGACUUCCAAAAGUGGAUGAAUCGAACGUUGGAGCUGCGGCUUCCCCUGCGGAUGGCAUGAAAAAGAGCCCAAAUGGAAGUUCGCAAAAUUUGUGCGAUUUGGCCAUUAAAAAGGGGGGAAAAAAUUGCUCCAUGCACAGUAAGGCGGAAGAAGGAGACGAAGAAGAACAGAAACGGGCUAGUACACUCAAGGAUAGUACACUCAAGGCUAGUACACUCAAGGGGGAUAAGAACAAGCACCUGUUCUUUGCUGAGAAUAACAAAAUUAUGAAUGCCACGGAGAGAAGAGACAUCCUGGAUGACCCCUACGAGGGCAACUACCCCGAAAUGUUCGUCGACAAUGUGCUGCAGUUGAACAAGAAGGUUUGCGCGAAUGUCAUCAUCGAUAUUAAUGAAAAAAUACACCACGUGUGUUCCCCCAACGCGGAUGUGAUUAAGCUCAAGAUAAAGGAUAUGUUCCCCAUACCUAAGGAGAGAACGGAGCGCUUUGCACCGGGGGGGAGGUACCCCCACGCGCGCCAUGACAACAGUUCGCACAAAGACGCCUCUACAGUAAGCGGCAACCACAAUGUGGAUCGAAUCUUGCAUUUACUGCGAAGGGAAAAGGAAGAUCUUCAGCAUGUCUCCAGAAAGGCGAUUGAGCACCCUUCGAUAGUGUUCAGCGCGGACAACGAUUUUCACUACGUUCUACAGGAAAUUAAGCAUAACAAGGUUCAAGAAUUUCUGCUCCUCGAAUCGAAAUCGUUAAGUGCCGACUUAGAUCUGGAAAGCGUAGGAAGGGUCAAUUCGGGAUCCCAUAUCGAGCUGGUUGAUUUGGGUAACUUGCCACAGGCUUUCAUCCUAAUGGGAGACUCCGAAAUAUACUCAGGUGCACACAACUCUUCCUUUAGCAUUUCCCUUGGUGUGUCCAAUAAGCAGAAGGGCGCUGUGCACCGAUUUGGCGAUUUGGUGCACAUAGAAGUGGGGCUACUAAACGUGAGCGUCAAUCAUGAUAUAGGCCAAAAAGACACGUCACUCAGCCUGGAUGAACCGAACAUGGACGAAUUGAAGAGGCACCGGAACUGCAAGAUGUCAGUCAAUAGAGAGUUUUACAAAAAUAGCAGCAGCGCAAAUUCGCGCAAACUUACAGAGAAUCUGCUCCUCAGCUAUAACAAUUACGCGCAACACGAUGUGGACGCAGAGCAGAUGUUAAAGUAUGCUUCUUACUUACCGAAAAGUGUGGAGAAAAAGGUGUACGCGAAAAGGGCAAAUCAGCAUGAGUACAGCAGUGGCUAUAGAGCUGAUUCGUGCCACCCACCGGCGACCAAACCGGUUGGGAAGAACCAGUUGAGCUGCUCCGCGGUGAGCAGAAGGGGCACUGCCGGCAAGAGGUACUCCCGAAGCUGCUACGGAGAGGAGGAUGGGAGUAGCGGCGUAGGUGGCGGCGCAAAUGGCAGUCGCAACGGUAAUGGAAAUGAAAGCGCCUACCUCAAUGGCAACUAUGACGAGUACCUCAUCCCCGACGCGUACAACGACGUGUCCUACCCGAAAACCAUCUCCGACGCGAGCGGCGUAAACUCGAAUGACGCGCACAACAGGGUGAACAGUUGCAUCACGCUGAACAUGGCGGACGGGACGGUGGCGACCACGGGGCUAUUCCUCUGCAGCGGUGUUGAAAACGCCAAGCCGAUGAUGAGUAAUAAAGUAUCCUCCGCGGAUAGCGUGAUCCUAAAAGUGAAGGUCAUUGGGAAGCAGGUCCUGUGGUUCUCGAAUGACACGCUAAUUUUGCGAAGCGAGUUCAGCGCGCAGAUGACCAGUUUUCGGCCACUCAUCAAGGUAACACCCGUCGUGCCUCAUAACAAGUUAGGCGAAUUUCGGGAUGGUAAUUUUGGCAACUGCUCAAUUCACAUGAAAUUCAUUGACACGAAUGAAAAGAUAUUCGUAUCGCCGCUGACCAACUUUUACUUUAAGUUCGAAAAUGUGCACAAAAUGAAAUAUAGGAAUAACUGCACUAUUAAUGUGAACAAGAAUUGGAGGAGAAGUCUGUGGAAGCGCACGUGUUUCGUCCUCCCAGAUGCCGCCUGGGCAAGUAGGUCCUCAACCAAAGUGGUGAAGAAGAGCAAAAUGCCCCUCAUAAUAGCGCAACCGGAUAAUGAAAUAAUGAUACAUUACUAUAAUUCCAGGUCUAAUCACUUGUGCACGGGUGACCCCUUUUCCAACACGUUGUUUUUAACGCCCAAUAUGCAAGUAAAAAGCGAGCCGGUGAACUUUGCCAAUGUUAUGCUCUGCAGAAGUGUGCAGGGGGGGGACAAAUGGAAUUUUCUAUCCCUAGAAAAUGUGAGAAGUGUGAGAAGCGUGCCAGUCAUAAAUUACUACGGCGUUGCCAACUCGUUUAAGCAGCCCGAAAUGAGCAAAAUGGACUUGGACGCGUUGAACAGUUGCGAGCAGAAGAACGCCAAGGCCAUUGCGAGCAUCCAAAAUAUAACCAACAUACAGAAGACGUACGCGAAGAUUCUCGAAACGAACACGAAGAAAGACAUGGAGAAGGAAAGCUCGAACGUAAUCAUGAAGGGGGGGGAGCUGAACCUGAACAACCAUCUCAAUAGGCUCUGCAAAAAUGAAGAUAUAGGAAUGAAUGCCAAGAGCAAUUUCCACACUGCACAUAGUUACUCCAAGACAAAUAAGAGCAGGAGCAAUGAAAGGAAGAAGAAAAGUUUGCAUGCGAACGUGGGGUUGAAGGCCAACUACUACGAUGCAAAUGAUGUGAAUAGAGCGCAUUACACUUCCUACUACCACGAAUUGAUCCCAGAGAAUGGCAGCCGCAAUUUUAUUCACAGCAACUACAUCAAUGAUUACUUCACCACGAGUAAUGACGCGAAUCUGCACAUAAAAUAUAGGCUUCACAAUUUCCACAAAAUAAAAAAGGACUACUCCUAUAAUGUGAAGUACAGCUCCAUACAGGAAAUCAACGACCCUGCCGCGCACGGGAGCGCCAAGUACAUCUUCGAUGAGAAGAAACAGAGCACGAACAACGACGCGCUCAGGAGGAAGAAGUACAUCAAUAGUAAUAAAUUAUUUUGUAAGGACGACCAUGCGAACGGUAACAGCUACUCCUUCAUGAGUAACAUGCACGACCCGUGUGGCACCCUGAAUGAGGACAAAGCGAUGAUGAGCAACAUGUACGCCCACAAGCAGGACAAGACCAACGAUCUGAACAGCGUCGAGGAUUACUACAAUUGUAGAGGAGAGCACGCGGAGGAAUCGAGCAACUGCUCUGUCUAUUACAUAGGGUGCAAGGAGUUCAAAUUAUGUGUCGACUCGUACGAAGCGCUCUUCCCUGCGAAGCAUUUUAUUUUCAACUGCACCGUUAAUUUUGAAGAAUGUGAUAGCAGGUAUAGUGCUAAUGAGGUGAAGAACUCGGUGGGCAUUUUAUGGGGGGGGUACCGCUGGUUAUGGACAAGCAGUGGGAAAUUCAUAUGCCCGCUGAAGCUGCCCCUUUGCGUUUCGGAAUUCCCACCAGAAAGAAUUGAAGAGUGUGAAAUGGAGGUGGCCAAGUUUAAGUCGAACGAUAAUUUGUGUGUCGAAUUUGAGCCGCACCUCCAGAGCCUCUUCUUUUAUAAAAAUGGAAAAUAUGAAUUUGGAUUUAAAUUUGACACCUUCUAUAAUUAUAGAAACGUUGGGGGGAAGUGGGCAUAUGAAAAGGGUAGAGAAGCAAAAAUGGAAGAUGGAAGAAAUGCGUCCAAUUAUUCCUACUCCAGCAGCCUCAGCAACGGCAAUGUGAACGAUUUUGGUGCUGCCAAAAGUGAGGAUGUCAAAUGUCGCGGUAGUACUAAUGAGAAGGGCUCCCUUCCGAAGGAAACGCAUAAGAUUCAGAAGGAGCAAGACGUGAAGAAUUACGGUAACGAAGUGGACUCCUCGCAGGGGUAUAUGAACAGCCACCUCAGCCAUAGCCACAACACCAAGGCGAGCAACCUGUGUGCGCACUCCAACGAGCACAAGUGCGGCAAAAGAGUUAGCGGUGCAAAUAAUGUGAAGAGUAAGGAGAAAAAAAUGAGUAAAGAAAACAGAAGUAAUGGGAACCACCACGAGGAUGCGCCGGAAGACAGCGAAAAUAAAACGGUGGUGCGGAUAAAAAACCACGUCAAUAUGAUCAAACUGUACAACUCGCUACUUCUAAACGAUUGCGAUAAUGUGUCUUCCAUUUUGAUGUACAACCCAGAGCUGCUAGCCAAAUCGGACGAAAGCAAGCAGGAGGUAUCCUUUGAGCAUUACGAAAUAAAUCAGGAGGAUUUUCCAUGCGAACUUGUAUCGUCUAUGAAGAAUAUUAUUUACGAGAAGGAUUUAACCCCCCUCAUGUUGGCUUGCAGAAUUGGAUGUGAAGAAUGUGUGCAGAAAAUAAUAGAAAUGGGGAAUGUGAACCCUAAUAAGGCCUGCCACAAAGUGGAGAAGGAAACCCCCCUGAUGGUUGCUGCUCAGUAUGGGUACAGUCGACUUGUUAGCAUGCUCGUCUGUGUAUACGGUGCUCAGAUAAAUAAGAAAGAUGCCAAGGGGAACACAGCCUUGCAUAAGGUGUUACUCAACCCCUGCCCAGAUGAGGGGAAGAAAAACUGCACCGCCAAGAUGGUACAGCUGCUACUCAAAUUAGGCGCCGACGUCAGUUUGGUGAACAAAAAGGGGUUAUCUGUGGAGGAUUUGGUGCAAAAAAAUUUAAUUAAAAAUAAGAAAGUAGAAGCAAUCUUAAAAAUGUGGAUAAAGCUAUCGCUGAAGGGUAAGAAAAAGGACAAGCGGAGUUACAUCAACAAGGAUAUCAUCCCCGGCUUGCUUUCCAACUGUUCCGUCGUCGUGGGAUUUCCCAUCUGUUCGAAUAACUCCGGCAAUAGCUACUCCUCCGUGAAGAUUAACUCCUUCGUCAUUGGGGGCGAGGAGUUAGUCGCUGCGAGAAGUUACAAACAGGUUGGCAGCUGCGAUGAUGAAGUGCACUACGGCCAUUACCACCAGGGCAAUGAUGAGUGGAAAGGCAGGAGGACAGACGAGGAGUACUACAGCUGCGACAACUCCUCCGGAAACGUGUCCAUAUCGAACUUUUGCCAUGUGGAUGGCAGGGCGGGGGAGAAGUUUGAGAGGGGUGAGAAGCAAAGCCUGUGCAAAGGAAACCCCUUUUUAAAAGACCCACCCGCCACGGAGAAAGCGAACAGAACGAGCGAUAAAUUUUUGGAGGAGCUGAACUACGGCACACAGCUGAACAACUUUUCGGGAAGGAAAUUCAUCGGCAGAUUGAACGACGCUGAGGACUCGCAUGAAUCGCAUGACGCGCAUGACGCGCAGAACCCCCACUUUGAGGAACCAACGGGCAAGGUGGCCCCCGCAGACCGGAAGAGGAAGAAGCCAGUCAGUUACAAGGCCGACAUGAAUUCGAUAUAUGAGCGGCUUGAGAGGAAGGGCAGCAGCGACAGCGCCCACACGAACUUCUUACCCUCCGUGGGCGACGGCACGAUCUGCUCGCAGAGGGAGAACCCGUGCGACACAGGCAUGUGCGAAAAUGAGGAGGAUACCGAAAGCCGCUGCGAUGACAGCCACCGCGAUAACGGCCGCUACCACAUCAACCGUGGUGGUGGCCAGAACGACGGUGAAAGCGCCGCCACGCUGAGCAGAAACGAAUUGACGCGCAAACAGGUGGGCGGCCCGCAGAACGGGGGUGGCCACCAUGGCGGGAGUGGUCAACAUACCGGAAGUGGCCAGUACGCAUCCGUGGAGGAAGGCAACAGCGAAGACGAGCGAGAGAGUUAUACUUAUGGUGGCCCGUACGGACUACCAAUGGGGGGCAACAUGUGCAAAGACAAAAAUGACAUUCUGAGCCAUUUGGUUGUCCACUCUCGAGGUGAUGGCAGGUAUGACGAUACGGACGUGGAGUUCAUGUUGGACGAGGAGGAGAAGCUAAUGAAAAAUCGGACCACACAGAAGGAGGCACGGAGUAAGGAAGAUGUUCAGUGCGAAGGCCACAACUGCAGAGCAAGAAGUAUCAAAAAAAAAUGCCUUGUAUUUUCCAGCACGAGGAAAAACAUGUUCAACUACCAAGACCUGCAAGGAAGUCUAAUCGAAUUUAUUAACAAGUCAGGUGUCUUCUCGGACAUAUUUAAAAACAAUGGAUACAUGGAUGCUAAGAGUAUCCCCAAAUUUGAUGAGCUGAAAAAUACGCUAAUGCAAAUUAAAAGUGAGGAGGACGUGUUUAGGGGUUUUCACAAAUUUCUGGAAUUAUUUGACUACCUCUACAUGGACGAAAGAUUAAAAUAUUUUAUGAACAUCGAUUUGAAGAAAAAUUUAAAAAGCUGCCACACUCUGCUCGACUUAGGAUACAUCCUUCUCAAAGUGGACAGCUUCGCUAACAUCUUUAACAGCUUCAAGUUGAAGUGGAAUACGAGUAUCCAUGAUGAGUGGAAAAAGAAGCUGUUAAAAGCACUUGGCAUUUUCAACGAAUUUUAUGACGUAAAAUGGGUGACCGAUUCGUAUACAAUUUAUAGGUACGAAGAAGACAUGAUAGAAUCAGCUUCCCUCGUGGAUAAGGUCCUACAGAAUGGAAACAACUUGCUCUUCUAUAGCAGCCUCAUGAAUAUCAUCGAUGAGAAAAGGACCUUCCUAAGAAAUGGUAUGUACGAUGCGCAUUUGUUUAGCGACAUUUUUAAAAAUAUAGACGUGGAAAAUUUAAACAGGGAUGCUUUGCUGUACGACUUUUGUUCGAACAAAAAUGUGCUCAAGGAGUACCUCUUUCAUGAGAAUAGUAAGAGGAUGACCUGCAACAAUGAGUUUAGCGAUGUGCCAGACAGGUAUAGGAAUUAUAUAAGCGAGUGCUUCGUGAAUGGGGGCAGCAUGAAGGGGUACGACGACCACUACUCCGCGUACGAUGCCGUGGAAGAGGCCAGCGGGGCGAAGGAAAGGAAGUCCAGAAAGUACCACACGUAUGACCGGUCCGCCUACAGGGUCAGCUCCAAGCAGUACAUCCCGCUGUUCAAAAUUUCGAACGACAUGUAUAACAAUGGGAACGACUCCGGCAAGGGGGGCAGCCCUUCGGAGUUCGCCAACGGAGGGGUGAGCGGAGGGGUGAGCGGCGCGGCGAAUGGAGCGGUGACCGGAGGGCCAGGUGCAACCGCUAACGCGAUCGCUACCUCUAACGCUACCGCUAAUGCUAACACUAAUGGAAGCACCCCCAGCGGCAGGGCCCCACACAGUGAGAGCAACGCGCGGGAAGAAAUCCCCCCAGAGGACGCCCCGUGCAGCAGCGCGUCUAACUACUACCAAAGUGGCAGUAACAACAAAAACGAAUUCGUGCACAGCGCAAGCGGAGAAGCCAUCAACGCGGAGCACGGCUUGACAAAGCAGAGUUCAAUGCGCUCUAUCAAGUUAGACACCGGGGGAGAUAACCAUCACGUGAGUAACAACAAUGCAACGUGUAAUAGAAAAAAGAGCCAAUUCCUGUGUGGGAAGCAGCUGAGAAAUGCCCUCUUCAUGUUGCAUGGGAACUGCGAAGAGGAGAGCAAUAAUGGCAUCGCUGUGAAGCAGCAUUUUCCAUAUGAAGCCUCCAAAACGUACGGUCAUAAGAAUGGGAAAAAUGCGAACGACUUCAUCACCGAGGAGGAUCGGGAAAAUUCGAUUCACCGCCAGUUUAGCAGCAAUAAGAAUGAUGUGGUAAAAAAUUAUAACGACGAAAAUAAGCACUUUAACAAAAUGAACAUCAAAAAUGAUAGGAAUAGAAAACGUUCUAUGAUGAAUACCGUUUCGAAGAAACCCAACUGGAAUGCCUCCACUGCGUGUGAUCAUUACCAUAAGAAGCACUCUUUGGAAGGAAGUUUCCUCCCCGAUGGGUAUGCCGAUCAGUAUGACAAAGGGGAUGAUGAAUAUGACCUGAUGUGCGAACUGCAAUUCAUGUCCAAGCCAUGCGAAAAUGAAAUGAUAAGAGAAGAAUGCAACAGAAUUUGGCCACACACACUUGACACCUAUGUUCUGCAUAUAUACGAUUUGAUAAGCAGCUACAUGGACUCUUCAGAAAAAAUAAGCUUAUUUGUAUACCACGCAUUUGAUAUGGAAAAAAUAAAAAAAAAACUCCCAAGCAAGACGUCCCAAUUGUGGAAAAGAAUAAACAUGUCCUUGGAUGACUUCAUUGAGGAAAUAAAAAAGGUCCAUAAUUUCACCAUGAGAAUUGUAUACCAAAGUAAUUACAAAAGAUAUGGGAUGUUUCCUCCAAAUUUUAAGAAAUAUUUUGUCCUUUCCGAUGAGUGUCUCAGAUAUAUAGCAAAAAAUAAAAUGGUGAUGACUGUGGAUUAUUAUAAAAGUAAUGUGUAUGAGAAGAAUAAGCACCUCUUUUUGAAGAUCAUUCAGGACCGUAUCACGCUGUUGAAUAAGUUUAACACCUACUUUGAGAGUUGUCUGCCCAUUACGGCUGUUUUGUUUAACAAACCGGUUAUUCACCUGGAGGAGCAUGGGUUGCGCACCUUGGAAUGUCCCUUGUGUUUCUUCGCGGACGGGGAUAAGUUUCUACCCUGGAGCGUUAUGAAGGUGCGAAAUGGAGGAACCCGCAGGGGAAGCGGCUGCUUCGCAUCGCAGGUGGGGAGCAGCGAGGGUAGGAACGCCUCUGAGGCGGUUGACCCUAUCGAAAGUGAUAGUGUCAGACGUGGCAGCGUCGAAAGUUGCACUAUCAGACGUGACAGUAUCAAACGUGGUAGUGUCAGCCGUGGUAGUGUCAAACGUGGUAGUGUCAGCCGUGGUAGUGUCAGCCGUGGUAGUGUCAGCCGUGGCAGCGUCAGCCGUGGUAGCGUCAGCCGUGGUAGCGUCAGCCGUGGUAGCGUCAGCCGUGGUAGCGUCAGCCGUGGCAACGUUAGAAGUGCCAACCCGUGUGCGCGAUCGCGCAGGAGAAGGGACGCGUGUGAAGAUCCCGCCGCAAUGAACAAUCAGAGUGGUCUCAAAGAGGGCACCUCCAGCGAAGCGCCAACAGUGGAACAAGGUGGAAAAAACAAAUGGAGCAAUUUGGCCAGCGCUGACUGCGAGAAAAACGAGCAUAACGGCUAUUCCGUUGAGAAGAAUAAUUCCAUCGUAGAGGAAGGCGGGUUGGUGUACAAAAAUGGCCCCUCCCAGAGAAAAGGCGAAUGCAGAAAUGUGAGCGCGGAAAAUGAGCUCAUUAGAGCCAAUUCGGAAAAUGUGCAGAAGGGAAACUGCUUCCCCAGUGGGGAGAGCGAACAGGAAACGUUAGAGGAGUCGCUACCAGACUGCAUAAGACAUUGUAAAAAUGGGUACACUUCCAGUAAAAUGGUUUUAGCGAUGGGCUCUUCGGACCUCCCCGUACAGCUGUCCUCCUACCUGUUUGUUAAGAAGCUUCUCAAACAUGACACGUCCUUAAAACUGUGGAAGGAGUGUCUGAAGAAUAUCACCUCCUCGAGCUCUGAGAAAUCCAAUUUAACGCUCAGAAUAGACAGAGGCAUGGCUGCAACGGCGAAAAAUAUUGCCCACACGAUGUGGUACCAAAGCACAUACUCUUUGCUAAAUAUAGACACACAUAAGUUAAGGGGAAAGCCAAGGGAUAGACCUUUCAUGGUGGUAUUUAUAGGAGAAGGAGCAACCGAUUUCGGAGGUCCCUUUCAUGAAUUUCUUUCCUCCAUUUCGAGAGAAGUUAUGGGCAAAUUGUCAGACUCCCCUGAUAAGAGCCUUCCCAUAUUUCCCCUGUGCAUCCCGUGCCCUAACUACACCCAAGCAAUGGGAGGACGCCAGGACACCGUGAUCAUUAACCCUAAAAUUAACUCGUACAGUGUUAAAGAGUCCGACUACGUUGGCGAAAUAGACAUGAUUGAUAACUUGGAGAGCUUCAGGUGGCAGAUACUGUACAUAUACAAUUCUAUACGGAAUAUGAAGAAGAAAUUGCACAAGUCGCAGAGUGGGCAGCCCCUCUAUGGUGAGGACCGCUCGGGAGGUGAUCAACCUGAUAGAGAAAAGCUGACAGGUCAAAGUGGAGGCACUUACACCCAUACGAAUGGCACCCCCCAAAGUUGUAACGUCAAUGCGAGUGGGACACUGGAAAGGGGUGCUCCACCAGAUAGCGGUAUUCCACAACAUAGCGGUAUUCCACAACAUAGCGGUACUCCAACACACAGCGGGGAAAACGAAAAGGCGGAUGGCAAUGUUGACAAUUACGACUGCUUAGGGUCUGCAGGACGACAUGCGGAGGAUGCCAGCAGCAGUGGAAGUGGCAGCCCAGAGGGCAAUCACAACAACGCCGGGGAGGAAGUGCCGGGGGAUAUGCUUCCCAUACAUGGGGGAGACAAACCAGCCAAUGGGGGCGCGAGGAACAAUGACAAAAUGUACCUCUUUGGCAGCAAAAAAUCUGUAACAUUCGAAAAAAUAGAGCAAGGCAACAAAAUGGACUUUCACGUAGAUAACAAAUACGAGCAAAGUGGCUCCUACGAAAGUUGCGGCUACGACAGUGAUGUGCUCGAAAUUGUGAACAACAUAUCGCUCAAAACGAGAAAUGAUUUCCUCAGCAAAAUAUUGAAGAAGAAAAAAAACGAAACGGACGAAAAAGUCGUACGGAGCGAAAUGGACCAGAAAAAUAUCCACUCGGACAGUUUUAAGAAGAAUGCAAAAAAUAGCAAAAAUGGCAAAAAUGGAAAGAAGCAUAAUGAUUUGAAGAAAAACCAUAUGAACAUAGAGUAUGAUGAGAAAACCACAAGAGCGAUGGAAUUAGCCAUGUAUGAAUCGUUAGGCCGAGUCAUGGGGAUGUGCAUAUGCAUAGCAUCCGCAUUGAACAUAUGCUUCAACCCAAUCAUUUGGAAGAAGAUAUGUGGAGCUCCCCUCGAACUGCAAGACCUGUGCGAUUACGAUUUUGUCGCUGUGGAAAUGCUCAAAACGUUGAAAAUGGUAAACUGCGAGCGGUCCAGCGGAUGGAACAUGGAAUUGAAACAGUCCCUCGGAGAUAUCACCUUCAUAACGGAAGACUCAGGAGGAAAUUCCAUCGAGUUGAUAAGAAAUGGAGCCAACAUACCAAUCAAUUUUGACAACUUGGAAUUGUUCAUCCGGUUAAUGACUAGAUGCAAAAUGAAUGAAUCGUCUAAAGGGUUGCGCUAUCUACUUAAAGGAUUCAGCUCCGUGAUUCCUUUGGGUCGACUGAGAUUGCUAUACGAUUUUACAAAUGUGGAGCACAUGGUUUGUGGCGAAAGAGAAAUUAACCUGGACGUCUUAAAAGCGCACACGUGGUCGAAUGAUUUGAAAAUAAAGGACAAACUGUUUGCAGUGUUGGAAGAAUUUACGAAUGAGCAGCUGCAGUCAUUCCUCCGAUUUGUUUCAGGGCGGUCGAGGCUGCCCACGACGAAGAAUGACUGGUAUAUGAUCAUAGAUGUUGACAACCCUAACCACAGUAUCAGCCAGACGGACCAAAGAUUGCCCACCGCCGUCACGUGUGGCUUUCGCUUGUUGCUGCCUCAGUACUCCAGCUUGGAGAUUCUGAAGGAGCGCCUCCUGUACGCGAUUAAGAACUGCACGGCGAUUGACCUGGACGCCUACGUGGUGCACGACCAGAUGCAGCUCAUGUACGGGGAGUGACGCGGUGGUGACGCGCCGGUGAGGCGAUGCGCCGAUGCGGUGUUGCAAACAGGGGGAAAAUAAAGAAGCACAUGAAUGCACCUACAUGGGCACUUGCGCAUUUUCAUAUUUUCACAUUCGCGCCAUCGCGCUUUCUACGUUUGUGCCACCUGCACGGGGGAAGACCCCCUUUGAUAAGCGGAUCCCCCGUGCACCUCAUUCGUUUCACCCCUUUUUACCCAUUGUCCUACCCUUUUUUUUUGUUACUAAUUUCGCGUUUGUGUUAUGAUCUUCGAUUUUGUUUGCCGAUUUAAUGCUACUUCACAUUUGUGUGCGCGGGGCGAGCUCGCCCACGAAAAGGCCGAAAGGUCGAGAAGCACCCCGCGCGUGUUUAUGUGCGAAUGCAAAUACGCAAACUUGCACACCGCCGUACUUACGUGCAAAACUGCACAUGAAGAAUUUUGCC